AUGGCUCCCACAAUUCUGAUUAUCGGUGCAACUGGUAACACUGGCCGCAGUGUUACUGAAGCGUUGCCAAAGCUGCUCCAAACGACAAAGACCCUAUCUGACCACCGAGUCAUUGGUCUCACGCGUUCCCUGGAUAACCCAAUAGCCAAACAGCUCGCAAAAGUGCCCGGUGUCGAGAUAAUCGAGCAGAACUGGGUUGAAAUCACCGCCGACUGGCUCCGGGAACACGAGGUAGUCAGGGCAUUCAUUGCAUCCUACAAUGCACCCAGCCAAUUCGCCGAAGAAUCAACGUUCCAUGUAGCUGCGCUGAAAGCUGGCGUCAAGUACGUCGUACGGAUCUCGACCGCUGCGGCAAACGUUCGACCAGAUUGCGACGCCUACUAUCCGCGCACGCAUUGGGCGAUCGAGGCCCUGCUGAGCUCACCAGAAUUCAGCAACCUGCAUUGGACUUCGCUCCAGGCCAAUAGCUUUUCAACGUUUUACCUCUCUACCGCCGCAGAGUUUGUUAAGCAGUACCGCAAGACUGGGACCCAGGACACUUUGAAGUUAAUGGCGUCCAAAGAUGCUCCUGUCGGCAUUGUUGAUCCCGAUGAGAUUGGACUUUUUGCAGCUCUACUCUUGUCCCAAGAUGACACUACUGUGCACAACAAAGCCAAGUACGUGCUUAAUGGUCCCGAGGACGUCACCGGGGCCCAGAUCGUCGAUAUGGUUGAGCAGCAUAUCGGUACAAAGGUUCAACAUGUGAGCUAUGAAGACAUGUCGUUUGUUGAUUCAUUUGUCGACCCUGGAUCCCUGGGAGCCCAACAAUCUAAGAACGUUAUAUUGUCUAUCAAAUAUGCUCUAGUGACGUCGUGGGAAGGGAAGUCCAUGGCCUCUACAACCAGCAAGGAAGUGCUGGAGCUUGCUGCACCAAAGCGUACGCCGGCCGACGUGUUGAGGACUCUAUUGGAGGUGUAG